UUCCUGUGUGACAUAUGGAUUAAAAGCAAGAGGAUUCUACUGGUAUAACUCAAUUUAAACUGGAACAAAGAGACAACCGAGUGAAGAUAAAGGAAGAUCAGGUGCAGCAUCUGUAUCAGUUGGAUAAUUGAUUACCACCCAGCUCCUGUUAAACAUUUGUGGAUUGUCAUUUAUAUAUUUCCUUGGACUUACAAGGCAAACAAGAUUUUUCAUUGUGCUCAUAUCUUGAUUUUAUGUGACUUUGUCUUUCUGAAUGUUCUGGAAUUAGAAUAUAAAGGUGACAACAAGAAAAGAAAGAUUUGGAGAACAGUUUUGGUGAAAAAACACAUGUAUUGUAACAAAGCUUGAUAAAAGACGUUGUACACAUUUUUAGAAGUCCAGUAAGGAUUUAUUUUGCAUUCAAAAAAUUAAGUUCUGGAUUCCAGUUCUAGCCUGAAUGGACAUGAAUCAAUGCAAGUACAAAAAUGAAAAGGAACUAUUCUUCCUAGUGGAAUGUUGAUAUUUGCAUCCAAACUGUAAAAUACUUGCCUGAAAAAAUGGAUAAUCAUCCUGCUAAUUCAUUCUUUACCAACUUCACUAACUUUUUCAACCAUGUAGAGAAAACUGAAGACACACCGGUUCUUUCAUCUUUUCGUCAUCUGUCUGAGAAAAAUACUGAACUUCAGAACAUCAGCGUCCAAAAACCUCACACUAUUAGAUUUGAUGAUGAUUCACCUGUUGAACAAGAUCUCAAAGCAAUGAUGGUUUCUAAUCAAAUUAAUAGCAGGACGACAUCAGAAAUAAAAGUCUUGAUAGAGACAGAUGUUUUACCUAGAGAUGAAGGCAACAACCAUAAAAAUCUGGAUGAGACAUUAUCUCUUGAGCAAAUAAUGGAUAAUAAUGUUGAAACUCACAUUAAUACAAGCAUGGACAGAGAUGAAAUAAAAAUUCAAGAAACACCAAGUCAUACUGGAAAGGAAUUCAUGGUCAUGGACCUGCCAGUCAGUAUGGAUCAAGGAAAGUCAUGGAAUAAUUCAUCCUUGACAUGCCAAGGUAACAAAAAAUUGACAGAUGGUCAACCUGACCUGCUGUCUGAAGCGUUUGUCCAGGAAUAUAAUGAUGCUUGUCUGAGUAACACAGCAUCAGCAGAAAGCCAGAUAAGUGGAGAUCCCUCAGAAAGUAUCACGGAACAGAUUAUAGAGGGAUUACCAGACAAAGUUAUGAGAGAUGGCAACACAUCCAAAAUCACCAAAGAAGAGGUGUUAUCUACUGCGGAGUAUGAGGGGAAAUAUCAAGAAUGGACAAAUGAAGUUGAACAUAUGCAGACCUCAGGAACUCAGAAACCAUCAUGUAAGACUGAAAAUGAGGAACUUUGUCCAGACAGUACAUUUAAGACAAGUUCCACAUACAUCAACAAUCCAAUCUCGGCUGUAGCAUUCUCAGAUCAGGCAGAUGGCACCGUGUCUACUUUUAAAUGUAACUUGGUUAAACCUGAUGGAGACUUUGGUACAAAGGGCAAACAGACUGACACAGGCAAUAAUAAGAUUCUGCCAAAAGAGGAAUUCAGGAGCUUCUUAAUUCUGGACACAUAUAAUGGAUGUCAUGUGGCAUCAGAUCCUGUUCAGAAACUAAAGACACAUUCACAAUCCUGUUCAGAAACUGGAGACACAUUCCUGAAUAUCGAGUCUGAUCAAGUGUUAUUAAAAUUGGAACCAACAUCUCCAGACAGUCUCAGUGAAAUACAAAAGGGGAGAGAAAUAGAAUAUGUACAAGAAUCAAGCAAAGUAGAAAUAAAACAGAGUGGUGGACAAGAUAGAUGGACAAUAAUGACAGAUGAGAGUGAUAACCUGGUACAAAUAGAGGGAGAAGACAAAGAGAGAAAUUCAGAGUCCUCGGGUAAUCCCACUCCUACUUGGAACCAAGAAGAGCCACUAAACAAUAAAAAUGCUUCUAGGCAAGCCAAAAUAGUUACCUUCUCUCCAGGCCUAAAGUUGGAGAAACCUCCUCAACUACCCUCCAUAUUUAGUGGACUGAAAGGGUUAAAAAAAGAUGUGCAGGACCAGCAGAAAAAAACAUUAACCCUCGAACAACCUAUGAUGAAACGAGUCUCUGUUAAACGGGCACUUUUCUCUGAGAGACCCUCCAAAAGUGAGACUAAAGGGAGCAUCCUUGAGCAGCUCUCACAACUCCUGAGUUUUGAUGCUGGCAAAGUGGGAGCAAAAAAAACACAGGAACCCACAGCAAGUCCUCCACUCUCACCUAGUAGUGAGGUCCUAGAAGAAGAAAUGUCUCCAGUAGAGGAAAGUGUAGAGGGUCCUGAUGUUGUUUCAUCAGAGGAAAAUAGCAAAUUAACAAAUACAGAGACAACCCUCAAUGCUUUUAAAGCUUUCUUUAGCCCUAAACCAGCUAAGAGAAACACCUCAGACCAUAUUGACCUGGAUGCUGUAAAGAGGGCAUUUAAUCCAGAAACAAUCCGAGCUAUCUUUGACAGAAACUCCAGCAAGCCUCCAGACAACAAAAACAUUUCUGAGAACAAAUCUCCUGAGAAUGAGGAGAGGACACCAGGGCGCCUGCAGGCUGUCUGGCCUCCUCCAAAGUCCAAAGAUGAGGAGGAAAAAAUUGGGUUAAAAUACACAGAGGCUGAGCAUCAGGCAGCUCUUCUACAUCUAAAAAGAGAGUGCAAAGAAGAGCAGGAGGCAUUAGAGGCAAACUUUAAGCUCCAGCUCUACCACCUCAGAGAUGAGAAUGAAGAAACUGUGUCCAGACUGCAAGCAGUAAUUGCGGAUCUGAAAAGCGCUGCCAACUGCUCACACAGGGAGCUCAGAGAUGCAGCUGUGUCAACCGAAGACUACUUCACACCUCGAAUUUUUCGAACUGUGUGUAUUCAGACAGACCGAGAGACUUUUAUUAAGCCUGUCAAGGCACCAGAGAUAAGCAAAGACCUUUGCCCUCAAACAAAUGUGCCUAAAAAACUAGAUCUUGCAUCAAUUGCUAGUAAUCUUUCAAGUAAACCGGAGCAUGCAGCGCCUCAAUUACUGCCAUUGCCAACACCACUACCACUGUCUGUUCAGUCAGGACUUGAUAGUGUAACAACUUCAAAUCCCCUUUCACUGCCUGGUCCUUCUGAGAGUUAUUCAAAACCUGCUCAGACAGACAAGUGCCCACCACUCAGACAAGUUAGUUGUCUACCCCCUCCACCACCACCUCCACCUAUAAUCUUAGCUGGUCUUGCUCCUCCACCACCCCUACUAGGCCCUGUGCCUACUCCUCCCUCUGGAAGUGGAUUGUUCUCUCGAGCUGAGGAGAGACUGCAACGAAAGCCAAGAGUGGAACCUGUCUGUCCAAUGAAACCACUCUACUGGACACGGAUACAGAUUCAAGACAGCAGAAAUGAUACUUUGUGGAGCAUGCUGAAGGAGCCGGGCAUAAUAAAUACUAAUGAGUUUGCUGAGUUGUUUGCAAAAAUGGCUUCACCCGCCAAAAGGAAACCUCUAUCUGAAGCCUACGACAACACAGCCAAAGCCAAGAAGAUCAUUAAGGUGUUGGACAGCAAGCGUUCUCAAGCUGUAGGAAUCUUAAUCUCAAGUCUCCACCUGGAGAUGAAGGACAUACAGCAGGCUAUUUUGAUGAUGGACAACUCUGUGGUUGACCUGGAUGCUAUUGAAGCCCUGUAUGAAACUAGAGCUCAGCCUGAAGAGUUGGAGAAAAUAAGAAAACACUACGAAACCUCAGAUGAAGAGCAUGUCAGACUGCUGGACAAGCCUGAACAGUUCCUCUAUGAGCUUUCUCUGGUUCCCCAGUUCUCUCUAAGAGCACCGUGUAUUAUUCUCCAGUCAACAUUCACUGAUGCUGUUGCAUCUAUCCAGCGCAAAGCAAACACAGUUCUCCAUGUGUGCAAGGGACUACUGGAGAGAGACAGUGUGAGAGAUGUGCUGGGGCUCGUACUUGCCUGUGGGAACUACAUGAAUGGUGGGAGCAGACACCGAGGCCAGGCAGACGGCUUUGGUCUCGACAUUCUCCCCAAGCUCAAAGACGUUAAGAGCAGGGAUAACAACACAAGUCUGAUGGAUUACAUAGUGUCUUACUAUCUACACAAUCUUGAUGAGAAUGCUGGGACAGAAAACUGUGCGUUUCCAUUGCCUGAGCCUCAGGAUGUCUUCCUUGCUUCCCAAGUUAAGUUUGAGGAUUUAUCCAAAGAGCUCCGAAAGCUGGGCGAAGACCUUGAAGACAAAGUGGAGUCUUUGUGAUUUUACCAUGGCGCCUUUUAGAUAUGUCUUUAAUCCUGCCCAUCUGAUGCUUUCUGCUAUUGUAUGAUUUCAAGGCUUUGUUGCGUAUGUCGUUGUUGAGGGUCACAUGCAUGCAGUGCUGCUGUUCUUAUGUAAUCUGAGGGAAGAGCAGCUUAUCUUCCCGCCGGCCGCUCUCUAUCUCUGCACAGAUGCACCGCAGUUCUCCUGUUACACUGUAUCAGCUUCAGUUCAGUGUGGCCGUGCAGAUUUGUGUCAGAGAUUCUUUUCUUUAGCUCUCAACAAGCCCUCCUUAUCGGGCGACUGAGAGACUGCCAAAUCUGGCCCAUCACGUUCUCCCUUUUGUCUCACUGUUUGAACCUCCCUCAUGCCUGCAAUGAACCAUGUGUUUUUUUGCUUUAUAUCAUUUUUUUGUUUUGUUUUUCAAUGGCAUGUUUAGUUAGUUUGCCCCGAUCACAUAGUUUACGCUUGCUCUCUUUUUGACCGCAUUUAUCUCCUGUGGUAUUUGGUGGUAUGGGGAACUUCUGAAAUUGAAAUGAUUCACUCUGGGAAUUUUAUUGUUGUGUCCAGAGCAUUUAGCAAAUUUGCAUUCAGUCUCAUGCAUUAUGUACUUACUACACAAACUCAGGACACAUUUGAAAAAGAAAUAUUUGUCACACAGUGAUACGACACUGUUUACAUUCUGGAAGUUUGCUUAAGUAAUCUUCCUUUGUGUCCUGGGGGUUUUAUUGCAUAACCAGUCACCCCACAGUUUACACAAAUGCUGAAUGAAAACAGUGGCAUGUGUAGUCUUAUCAGAGACAGAUGCAGAUGGACUGAAUCCAGCAGGCCUGGGCUCCCAUCGCUCUCUAUUAUGACUGGGAUAGCAGUCUGGCCCCUCUGAUCCUUGGAUUGGACUGAACUGACGAUGAACAAACGGCGCAGCCUGGUGCCAUAGGGGGGAGUGGCAGGUAUCUGCUGCCGCCAUCAACAGUGCCAGAGAACAGGCUCUGAACUGCUGACUCCACCAC